AAGUAAGGUCAAUAUGGAUGCAGCCAUUUCUGGUGCACGGAGACCGGAGUAGUGGAGGAGAGAAAGAUGGUAUAAUCUGGAAUUCAAGUUGCUUCAUUUGAUCUCAUCUAUUGGACAUUCUCAAGGGAAAGCUGUUCUGAGAUCCAUAUUUUGGGUAUUUGUUCCAAUGUGGAUAUUUUGUAGGAUUUGAAAAUUUAAUUCGCAAUAAUAAUUACGUCGAUGUCGCAUUGUUGAUGUUCAACGCCUGCUUGAGGAUUGCGCUGAUGCACGCAUACAACACACACAGUUUACUACAGUACAGUGUAGUUGAUAUAUGGAGGCGCCUAUGACUGUAUGCGGUGAUGCGAUAACAGUCGAUAGUGAUUGAGCUCAUGCAGAGAAUUUAAAUACAGCCGAAUGGUAUUUUUCUACAAGGCAAAAUGUCAACAAAAGUAGAGCAGUUUGCUGCAAAGAUCCGCAAUGUAAAGGAUUAUCAGAACCGAAUCCUCUAUAAUAUAGCACCCCUUCCUACUGGCAUAGAUAUAUCAAACACUCUCAAGUAUUUUAUUCAUACACUGAGAAAUAUACUCAAAGAAGGCCCAGGAGAUGUGGACAUUCUUGUAGAUGAACCCAAAUUUGGAACAGCAAGAAAGCGGGUGAAUCUUCGCAUCCCUCACUACCCAAGCCUAGAUUAUCUUGGUUUGUAUGAGACUCUGGUUGGCCUGGUUGAUAUCGUACCAUUGGUGCAGUAUGGACAAUUUGCUUUUGGUCAAGCAAUCUUACAAUUAUUUGGAUGUAUUCUAUGGUUCUUGGAACCUGAAACUAUUGACACCAUCCCUCAUACAGUGGCAUCUACAUUGGCAGUAUUUCAAUCAUCACUGCAGAAAGAGACAGUAGACCUUCUAUGUACUACACUACUUCCAAUAUGUCUCACUGAAGUGAUGGGUUGGGAAGGAGAGACCUAUGCCACAAUGUCUAUGUCUGCUGUCAUCAUGCUUGUCCUACAACAUUGUAAAAACAAAGCUCACCAUGCGUUACUGGUUGAAUGCAUUAUGACAUACAAGCCUGAAGUGUUUAAGGACAUUUUAUGUACUAUUGCCUUUGGACCGUCAACAGCUAGAGGUGCAGCUGCUAAUCUCCUCUUCCAUUACUGGCCAGCAUUGGUCCCUUCUAGUAUGGAUAACAGGGAGUUUACCUAUGCAUGUUGGAAGCCAAUCCUGUGUCAAAGAUCUAACUGUUUGACACCAGUCAAUAAUGCUGCUGUAAAGAUGUGUAUGGAUCCAUCUAUAUCAGGUAAACAUAGCAAGCAACCGCCUCCCCUUUAUCUAUGCUCAGUCUGCAGUGAGUAUGUCAGCAGAGAACUUACUAAGCCACUGCAGAAUGUGCUUACACCCCUGGAAAAUGUAUCUAGAACUUGUGAAAACAAGAACUGUGCUUCACAUGAUAAGACUGCCCUCUAUACCUGCUUUGCAUCAGAAUGUACAGGACAACAUGGGAAUAAACCUGUAUGCUACUGCUUAUGUUGUCAUCAUGCUAUACAUCCUAGGGAUAGUGAACAUGUCAUACAGGAGUUCCCUCAUGAUCCAUGGUCAUGUGAUAAAGAAACACAGAUUGUACUGGUGGAAGCAAUUAUCAGUCUUUUGAAGGAAGCCCAUGUGAUAGAGAAAGAUCCUUUGAUGGCUGCUGCUGAGGUUGAUGAACCUGAGUCUGCUGAUGAAUUCUCACAGGCUCCUCGUGAGAAUGAUAUGUCUGAACUAGAAUCUACUGAGGAAGACUCUCGUUUGUUGAGUCGCUAUGGCUUGUGGCUUCUAAUAGAGAAAUGUACACCGAAUGAUAGAACACCUUGUGAGAUUGUUGGUAGAUUACUGAGUAUGUUGUUCCAAUGGUAUGGCUUUACAGCAACCCUCACACAGGAGAGUAUUGUAUUGGAAGGCUUAAAGAAAGAUUAUGUAACCAAUUGGCUACUGAAGCUUCUUAACACCAACUUCAGUGUGUUUGUAUCCUGUUUGAUGCCAACCCCAGCAGAUUAUGCUAAAGUAGGAGGUCACUGGGACACCUUAUGCAGUCGGAUUACAGAACUCCAUGAUGGACUAAAGAACGUGUUUGCUCUUACACCGUACAACACAAUCACCUUUGAGGUAUGGGAUCACAUCAUGCCAGCAUGGAUGGAAUCUAUCUCUCAAGAGAUCACAGAAGAAGACCUGCCACAGCUUCAGGAUAUCCUCUGCAAGCUCUUUGACAUUGACAUGUGUCCCCUGCCAUUCUCAUCUGAUAAGAUGUUUCAUUUCAUUGCCAUCAAGUUCAAGUCUUCACAGGCCAAGGAACAGGAGAAAGCAUUGCUUUGGCUUCAGGUACUCUCUGAGAUGGACAUUGUCAUUCCCAUCAAGCUUCUGCUAUCAAUCUUCAAUGAAGGCCUAGCCUCUAUCAUGGACAUCCAACGUGCUAAGGUAGCCAUGUUUACCAACAAACAAUCCCUCUCACCUGACAGUGCUGCUACUGUGGUAGUAGGACCAAACUUAGGAUUAUCCAAUGAUAGUAGUAAGGUCAAGGAGAAAGAGGAAGGUGGAAGACCAACACAGGUCAUCAAGUUCUUCUCAGAUACCUUGAUGCCAUCAUCUCCUAUUACUAUGAACAAAGGAAAUGGAGUCAUGAAGAUUACAGAACCAUUUAAGCCACCUGAUGCUCUGAAACCUACAGAGAUACCCAAACCCAAUGAGACUCCUAAGAAAGUUGAGCCAUUGAAGCCCAGUGUCCUUAGCACCCCUAAGACCCUACCCCUAGAGCUGCCCCCCAAUGGGGGAGGGGGUACUCUACCAGCGGAACCUCCACAUGUGACCAUUGAUCCUUCUCCUUUGAGUCCUGAUCAGGAUGAGAAGGCUAAGAUGGAACAGACAGAGGAAGAGGUGCUACGAUGUUUCGUGCUGAUGCUGGAUCUUCUGAUUAUGCAGAGUGAUCUUCAGUACCUACCAUUCCAUCAAGGUUUAGAACAUAGCCAAUCAAAAGACUUUGUAGCUCUGUUAACCACCAUGCUACAAACACCAUGGGUAACAGAGAAUAUGUUUGAAACCAAUUCAGCUGAAGGAAAGGAGAAGAAAGAGGAGAAGCAGAAAGCUGCAGAAGCCAAACAUGAGUCAGAUAGCGCCAAUGCUGGAAAGUACAGGAAGAAGUCUAUUGGUCAUAAGUGUACAGCUAAUUAUGAAGCAAUGGGAACCAAUGGUGUUAAGAUGAUGUCAUGUAGUCUAUGUGAGCUCUGGGCACUGUGGUUUCAACUAUCUCUCAAGCUCCUUGAAAGAAUCGCUCCUGGUGGUGAGACUAAGGUCUGUGACAUGCCUGAUGUGUCGGAGUAUCAGUUUGAAAAGAGUCUGGAGGAAGCCCUUACAAUCUGUAAAACCAAUGAUGUCAAGAGCAAGAAGAACAAGAGUAUAAUGGAUAGAGGGAUGAGCAAACAUAAGAGGAUAACUAAGAACAAGACUGAUUCUACAGCCCAGGGUCUAUUAGCUGCUACUGAGGUUAGACAUGAGGUAUUGAAAGCUGAAACAGUUCAAGCCUUCUCAGCUGUAUCUAAUCUCAAAGCAGAGAAAGAGAGAGCAGCUAAGAAACCAGGAGGACUCAAACCACAAAAAGGAGACAAAGGAAAGCCUGGUAAGAAAGAUCAAGAUAAGUCUACAUGGCAUACAGGACAUGGUGAUUUUACCAUCAAACUAGAAGAGCUUCCAAGAUCACUUCAACUUCUCUUCAUGUUACUCCAGGAGGUAUCUAAGCAUCCAGACCCUAAUGUUUUGUUGAAUCUGCUGAACUGUGUCAAAGUGCUGUGUUUGAAUGCAGAAUGCCUUAGACAAGCUGCUAAGGAUCAAGUAGGAUUCCUGGUCUAUGCACAAGAGAAUUUACUCAUUCCAAGUUUCUGGAACCUGUUAGAAGGAGAGUUAUCUCAUGUUGUUGAGCUCUUAGUGCCUCUGAUCCUCCAUUGUUUUGCCCUUCCUUGUGGAGCUGAUGUGAUGUGGAGAUUAGUUGAUAAUGAGGUGGAAAGUGAAAGCUGGCAGACUAGAUUCAGGGCAGCUGAGAGAGUGACAGUGAUGCUGAGAUGUGUAGAGAAGAAAUCUCUUGGAAACAACACUGUUAUUAUGGGAUCUCUUGCCCAUGCCUUCAGUUCAUUAGUGGUUGCUACAGAAGAUAUCUGUCCUGCUGUAUCAGCUAGGGCUAUACUUAUGCUUGAGAGUAUUCCAAUGAAAGUCAUCAAGGUAUUGGUAGGUUGUCUUGAGUUUCAAUGGGACUCAGUCCUUGAGGAUCGCGUGUUGAUUCUAUCUAAGCUACGUCUACUACAUCACUUCAUGCCAGUAGCUCCCGUACUCUCUUGGGAAUUCUUUAUGAAUCGUCUUGAUACUCUAGCUCUUGAAGCACAGGUGGACAUGGAACAAAACAAGGAGUUUCCAUUCCCUAUGGACACGAGUCGUUCCAGUGCUGGCCUUGGUGACCGAACAGACAUCUUCAUGAACAAGCUGAACCGAGCUCGAUUAGCUCGCUCCCAGUCUGAGCUUUCAGGAACCCUGAAGCCUCGUCGUCUGUCUGCGGCUUUCAGUAAACAGGAUAGCAAGGCUAGGAGCAAGUCUAUGCCCACCGGUAUCGGCUUUGCCCGCUUCAAUUUCCCACCGUCUGAUCGAUCAACAUACAGCAGGCCAGCUAACUGCAGAGGAGAUAAUUUUCUGGUUGGAGAUGGGUUGCUGGUGAAUAGCUUGUUCCAUGAUGGUCACCUAAAAGGAAUAAAAGAAGAGCUGAAAGAAGAGAUACCAACUUUCAAUAUUGAUCUGACUAAUGCUGAUAAACAGACUGUACAUAAGCUUAUUACACUCCUCAUGAUAUUCAUGACAGGGCCAACCAGUAUGGAUGAUGAUCAAGUUUCAGGAAGAGCUAUGAAUACUGUAUUACGUCACCUGACAGUGUUGCUAGGUUACAACCAAGUUAGUAAGACCUUCAACCUUCCACCCCAUCAACUGAGAGAAUCAGCAGUCUUCUAUGCAUUCAUGGCAGGAUUACCAAAGAUGCUGGAUCACAAUGUAAAGGUUGGAAACAUGGUAUUACCUAUGGUAUUGAGUCUCCUACAGUACUGCCCUUCACCACAGAAAUCAUCUCAGGACUCACACCCUCCAGACUACACUCUAUGGUUCCUUGAACCUCACUGCAGACACUCCUGGUUUAUGUCUCUACUCAUUGUACUCUACAAGUAUUCCAUAGACCAAGCUGAAUUGAAGACCACACUGAAGGCUUUAGUGCGUAUCACUAUGAAUGUAUUAGAAUCACAGCGUCAUAUCUGUAAACCAAAGAGACCAGAACCACCACAACCAGAGGAUAUCUGGGGUGCUACCUUGCCCAACAAAAACAAAUCAGAGUCAAGCCUUCCUCGUGAGGAUGAUAUCAGUGAGGAACUUGGUUCCAUCUCAUCAGUUGGUCCAAACACCCCUCUCCUUACCUCCACCACUACCACCACCACUGCUAUCAAGACCACUGAACCUAGCAGCCCACCAGGUGACACGCCCUCCUCUCCUACCCCUAGGGUGGAGUUUAUUACCCCUGGUCAAGUUAUUACUACUAUCAGCAGUGGAGGUGGAGGUGGUAGAGGAACAGGUGGUGGAGUGGCUGUUCCCAAGGAGGAUCCACGUGUACCCCAGCAUCAGGAACUGGAGCUAGAGCCUGAGAUGCUCUUUGUGUCAGAAGAUGAGGUUAUCAAUCUACCUAUCAACUCUUCAAGUAGGAACUUUGUUGCAUCUACUAUUCUUGAGGUUGAAGAAGAAGAAGAGCCUGAACCAGAGCUUGAGGUGGUAGAAGACUUUGAAAUGAUUCAACCUCUACAGACCUUAGACUCAGUAGUUGAACCUAUCAAAGCUACUGCUACAUUUGUAGCUGAGGAACCAAUGAAAGCUACUCCUACCUUUGUAGCAGAGCAACCUGAGACUGUUACUCAUACAGCAGCUCAGUUUGUAACUGAAUUAGAGACAGCUACUGUGCAGAGCCUGACUGUUGAACCUCAGGUCAUUCAAGCUGCUACUGUCCAGACAGCUACCGUAGCAGAGACCAAACCUAAGACAAUCCAACCAAAGUUCCGAACCAAGAAACGUCGAAAGAUGGGUGUGGCCACCAUCAUGUCAUCAAAUCAGAGCAGUGGAGAGAACUCGCCAGCAGUAGGAGGGGGUGGGGAUGGGGUGCAAUUUGACCUUCCAGUAGAUUCCCCUGGUGGUAGAGGAAAAGGAGGAGAUAAGAAUAAGAAGAGAUCUCAAAAACUUAAAGAACAAGCACAGAAAUCACCAGAGAAGAGAAGCAGUGUCUACUCAGCAGUCAGACGAUAUCAUGAAGAUAAAAACUUUAUGGCUCUUACCAAGUGCACUGAUUGUGGUGCUUUACUGGAGGAGUAUGAUGAUGAUACUAUCUCAUUGGCUAUAGUAGUCCUAUCAACAUUUGUACACCGUGAUCCUGAGUUAGCUGCACCUCUCCUACUUGAGAUGCUACAGGUUGUCGGCCGAGUUGCCUCAGCUACUUUCUAUCCUUGGCAGAGUGAAAGUAUUGGUUGCCCACCUGGACAUUGUUGUACUGUGGCCAAACAGUUCUUACGCUGUACCCUUCAUCAACUUGCACCUAAUGGGGUUUUCCCUCAACUCUUCCUCAGCAAGAUUGAAGAUCAAAGCUUCCUACCUACAAUGGCAUCAUCUCUUCAAGAUUUCAAUGAACUCAACCCAACUGAAGCUAUCAUUCAUCUUCUUGAGGGACUGAAUGAUAGACGUAACCUACCACCGCUACGUACCAUGUUAGUAUUAAUGAACAUGGCAAACUACAUGGAUUCAUUACCCAUUGAAGGCUCUACAGCUUGGGGUAACCUUGUACCUCUCUUUGAUACCUUCUUCAGAAAACUACUUACAUCCAUGCCUGAAAAUUGUGAUGUUAAUGAUCUGUUCCGAAUCUUUGAGGUCCUUCUGCGUAGUCCAGCCACAAAGAGUCUACCAACCUUGUUGGACCCUAUGGGCAAACUGAUUAGCUUUGCCAUAGUGAGAGCUCGGUUUAAGCUCACUCAUCUAUUAGAGAUCUGUACCCUCUGUAAUAGGAUCUUUGCAAAGGAGAGGGAGAAGCAGUCAUUUGCACGGGUAGUGUCUCUAGAACUGGUCCAGGCUUUGAAGUUUAAGACCAAUCUUCCUGAUAUCAACCUGAUUCAAUUAGUUCAGUUUGUUGUGAUGGAUGCAGGAGGAAAGAUGAGUGACUUUGGUCAUAUGGAGGCUGAUAUAGAGGUGGAGAUGGCUAUGAACUCAACAGGAGCCACAGACUGUAUGAGACAAUAUAUCAGUGAUGCUACCGAAUACAUAGGAGAUCUUCAUACACUCACUAAAGUAAAGAAUAAUCUUCGAGGAGGAUCUCAGAAUUUGAAUGAGGAUACUUUGGGUAGUCAACUGAAAGCUGGAGUAGCUCAGAUAGUUGCUUUAGAGUUCACCAAGGCUAACGGUCGAGAAGGACCAAAGGCUAUACAAAGAUAUCUACCAUGGCUCUAUCAUCCACCAUCCGCUGUUCAACAAGGACCCAAGGAAUUCAUAGACUGCAUUGCCCAUGUUCGUCUGUUGUCUUGGUUAUUACUUGGUUCCUUGACCCAUGCAGCCCUCUGCCCACCAUCCUUCACUAAUAGUGGUUUGAUCAGUCAGCCUAUACCAUUAGAUGCUGGUAACCAUAUUGCUGAUCACAUACAGGUUAUAUUAGCAGGGUUUGCUGAGCAGUCUAAGGCUUCAGUUCUUCAUAUGUCAUCUUUAUUCCAUGCAUUCAUCCUCUGUCAGCUUUGGACAAUGUACUGUGAGCAGAUGGCAUGUAUGAAUACUCCAAACUCUGAUGCUCAUACAUCAGCUACAUUCAGUAUUAUGGAUUUCUGGAGUAGAGUAACUCCUGGUGUACUACAGCUUCUCUCACACUCUAAAGUGUUGGCUGAUAUGGUGAACCUUCACUUCUUGAGCUUGAUGGAAGCUCUCCAAGAAUGCAACUCUUCUGUUUUAGCCAAGCUUUUCCCUAUGUGGGCUCCAAUCUUGUUUAGCUAUCCUUCCAAGCUCCCUGGAAGCCUACAGGUGAGACUGCAGAAUUGUGAGAACUUUCCACCUCCAAGUCUGAUGAAAGGAGAGGUCACAUCUUACCAUUCUACCACACUACUCAAAUGGCUGAAGAGAUUGCAAUUCAAAAUGGGACAGAUUGAGAUCCAAUCUUCUGCUGCCACUCAAUUUUAUACAGUAUAGGCAGCUUGUCAGAGAAAUGUUACCAUUUUUGGGGGCAGAGAUUAAAGAAAUUUACAGCCAAAAUUAGACAGAUUGUGAUCUGAUCUUCAGCAGCUGUUCAGUUCUACACUGUUUAGUUAUCUAGAUUGAGAAGGUAUUAAAGUCAGUUCAAAAUAUGCUUACUAAUGUUUUGUGUAUAGCACAUUUUAUUUGCAGAUUAGAUGAUUUUUCAACAUGUCAGUGACUUUUACCUGGAUGUAAUACAAAUGGAACAUAUACAUAUAUAUGUCUGAUGAUGAUCACACUGUUUGAUUGAAAGUAUAUUUAUUGAUCCCUAGUAAUUGUUUGUAUGUACCUUGAUGAUAUACCUUACAGGCUGUCAAGAUAAUGUUUAAUUAUGGAAACAUUACAGCUGUAUGUAGAUUAUUAUUAUUAUGGAAAGUCAUAUUAAAUACAUGUGGCAUGUAUAUAAAUUCACACAGUGGAGUUAUAUUCCAUUGAAUAAGUUAUUCAUAGAAGAUUCUGGUAAAUGUUACUUAAAAAUUAUACUGCUAUGUAUGUGAUGUGAUUAUGAUUUUAAGAAAAGGUAUUCAUUCAUUAAUAAACACAGUAUUUAUUAUGCGCCAUCUAUCAAGUAAAUUGAGGCGCAUUCAUUUAUUAUAAAUCAAAAUAUUUGAUGGUGCACGAUGUAUGUACAAUAAUUCAUUUUAAGACAAAAAAAUGUACUUUUUCUUUUACCACAGUAUUAAAUUAUUUUAGUAUUCAUAUCAGUGAUAUGACUAGUCAUAUUCAUUUUAUCAUUGGUAUGAAUUAUAUUGUAAUACAUAGAGCUCAGUAUCGCAGAAAUUUCUAUUUAUUGUAUAAUUAUGUGAUUUAUCUAGUUAAAAAAAAUUUUAUGUAAAUUAUUACAUUGAUAUUUGUGAUGAGUAGAAUUUACUUAUAUGUACAUGAAAAGGGCAAAAAAUUAUUCACAAACAUGAUCAUUUGUUAGAUUUUGUAUUUAAUGCAUGAUUUAUGUGGCAUGGUUUGAUAAAAUAGAAAUAUUCACAAAGAAAUAUUGACAUAUUUCUUGCUCUGAUGUAAUGUCAUAUUCCUUUUGCUAACCUAGGAGUUGUUUUACAAAAAUAUAAGUGCCCCCCUCCCCCCUUAAAAAAAACCAAAAAAACACUUAAAUUCCCAAUUAGAUAUGGUAAGAAGCAUAUCACUGUAUCGGUUGGAUCACUCCCAUGGGACCCACUUGCAUUUGUCAAUGAGAUUACUCCUUACAUAUCAUACACAGCAUGUAUUGUUACCUUAAACAUGAAUUUUAGUCUGACUUCAUUCUGUGAAACACCCCCCCCCCCUCCCCAGAUGAUGUUGGAUAUUGUUGAAUAUGGACAAUAAAUUACAUUGAACCAUUACUAAUAUCAUUAAUACAUGUGUAUAGAUAUGUUGUACAGUAAAUAAAAAAAUCACAUGAUGAGGUCUCUGUUAACAUAGCUCAUAAUUUUUAUGUCAGUUACAUCUUUGUAAAUUGCAUCUUUAUAUCUUGAGGAAAAUGCUCUGUUACCAGUAUAUGUGAUGUUGAAUAUUGUAAAUGUCAUAUGAGUAUUGUAAUUUGUGGUUUGUGCACCAAGGCUAACCUCAUCCCAGUCCUUGAUACAGCUCAUUACCCCCUAAAAUUAACUACGUUUUUGUAAUUAUGUGUGAGGACAUUUGGUUUGUUUUUAAUGAGGCAUUUUAGCCAAUUUAUUGGUCUACUGCACUUUAUGGCAUUGUAAAAGAAGUAGAUAGUUAGUCUCUAAAGAAUCAAAGCUAUGAUUGAUGUAAACUCACAAACAGGUCUUUAUAAGGUGCUAUUCCAGUCUCUCUUUGGAUUAUUCAUAUUUAAAAAAUAAAAAAAGUGGAAGAAGAAAUUUGAAAAAUGUAUAUUAAGUUUAAGCCAUGUUUGGAUUUGAAACCGUGUGAACCACUUCACUUUUACCUGUCGGACAAUGAAUUUGACUUUUCCAUUUGUACACCAUUUUAUGUCUCGCCAGCAUAGCAGAGCGAGACUAUAGGCGCCGCUUUUCCGAUGACGGCGGCGGCGUCAACAUUGAAAUCUUAACCAAGGUUAAGUUUUUUAAAUGUCAUCAUAACUUAGAAAGUAUAUGGACCUAGUUCAUGAGACAUGGACAUAAGGGUAAUCAAGUUUUACUGAACAUCCUGCCUGAGUUUCAGGUCACAUGACCAAGGUCAAAGGUCAUUUAGGGUCAAUGAACUUUGCCAUGUUGGGGGAAUCAAUAUCGAAAUCUUAACCAAGGUUAAGUUAAUGAAAUGUUGUCAUAACUUCGAAAGUAUAUGGACCUAGUUCAUGAAACAUAGACACAAUGGUAAUAGUGUAUCACUGAAUAUCCUGCCUGAGUUUCACGUCACAUGAUUACGGUUAAAGGUCACUUGGGGUCAACAAACUUUGGCCAUGUUGGGGUUAUUUGAGGAAUCGUCAUCAUAACUUUAAAAUUUUAUGGAUCUAGUUCGUGAAACUUGGACAUAAGAGCAACCAAGUAUCCCUAAA